AGAAAUUUUCAAUAUACAUUUACUAAUGUAAGAAUGAAGAAUUUUAAAACAAUUAUUUGUUUAAAAAAUGUUUUACAUUCGAGCUCCUUCAGGGAGAGUACCACUUCAUGUAUUAGAAAAAUGUGUUAUGGUGAGGUUAGAGUAUUUACAAUUAUUACAUGAGGGUAGGGCUCAUGACUUCAAAGAUAAUUUUGAAUAUUUAUUAGACAACUCAGUUUAUGAUAAGAUUGGACAUUUUACAUUACGAUUAUUAGCAUCAACAUCUAAAGAUCUGUGUGACUAUUGGUUUACCAGAGAAAAAUUGUUUUUUAGAACUAGAUUAAAUCAUAUUUUACCAAGGCAACUGUAUAGAUUAUUUAGAAGCAUAUUACGUCAGUUACAACCAUUUCCAGACAAGGAAACAUUAAUUAAUAAGACAUUAACUAAUUUAUGUAAUUUUUUUUCAAAAUCAUCCGUUUUUAAACAUCUUGUAUCAACAUGUAACAAUGAUUGUAAACUUUUUAAAACAACAGUGAGGUUCGAAUUACUACCAGAUUUAGUAAGAAAAAGAGAACUAGAAUUAAAUGCGGGAUUUGCUAUUGUACAUUGCUCAAACUGGAAAGAAAUAAUUGCAUCCUUAUUUACCACUUACAUAACUAAAGAACUAAUAUGUAUGAAAUCAAAAGGACAAUAUAUUUUAAAUCAAGAUACCAGAUUUCAUUGUCUUUAUCAGAAAGUUCGUUAUAAAGUAUUUAAAAAUAGUAGCUUAUUACAUAAUGGACGCAUAUCUAAGAGCAAUAUAGAUAUUGAAGCAAAAUAUUUUCCUCUUUGUAUGCAACACUUGCAUAUGAAAUUAAGGAAUGUGCAUAGACUGAGUCAUUAUGCUCGUUUCCAUUAUAGUCUUUUCUUAAAAGAUGGAGGAAUGCAUAUAGAAGAAGCUAUAAAUUAUUGGAAAGAAGAGUAUUCCAAACCUCAUUCCUGCACUUCUGUUUGUGCACACGAUUGGCAAUCAAGCGAAAAGAAGUUCAUAUAUAGCAUUAGACACCUUUAUGGUUUAGAAGGAUCACGAAAAAAUUACAACUCGCCUAGUUGUAAAUUAAUGUUUGCAAAUAUUUCCAGUCCAAUGUAUGAAGGUGGAUGUCCAUUUAAACAUUUUGAUAGAAACACUUUACACAAUCUAUUAAGUUUAUCAUUACCAAAUAAUCAAGUAAAUAAAAUAUUAGCUACCAUAUCUUCUCAAAACCCUCAGAAUUCUUGUGCUGAAGUUUUUAAAAUACUUUCUCAAACAAACAAUAGUAAUGUUACUAUUACUAGUCCCUUACAAUAUUAUUUGAAAAUGAUUAAUGAAGUUUGAAUAAAUUUAAAUAUAAUAAGCUUUGUUCAUUCUAAAUGACUGAUUU